AUCAAUGAGAAAUAGUGCUUCACCCACCUAAACAGGGAAAGGACUAUAAACCAAGCAUUGCAUUUGCAUUGGAGAAAAAAACACAAGAAAGGCAACUAAAUAUUUAAUCCCUCCCCAACAGUAAUUUCAAUAAACCUCGUCUACUUCCCAUGGGAGGGAUUUUCCCAUAAACCAAAAGGCCCUGAAGCCAAAGCCAAAGCCAAAGCCAAAGCCUCGCUCUCUCUCAUGUCAUGUCAUGCAAGUAGCACCUAAGCUUUUAACACCUCUCACUCCCCUUCACCCCCACGACAUUUGUUUCUCUCCGCCAGCUCAUUUACAUCCCCAAAAAACACACACCUCCAACACCGACCCCCCUCUAUCUCUCUUCUCUCCCGACGUAUUCUCCACCAGAUCUCCGGGAGUGACCCCCAUAAAGAUGCUUGCUUUUUCAACCCUCUCUCCGGUUUAGACCUCUUAUAAAGUCUCCUCAGGCAACCACCAUCUCUUUUCAACUUUACCCAUAUUCUUCUUUUUUUCUUGUUGAUUCGAUUUUUCUCUUCCUUGAGGUUUCUGUUUUUUCUUUCUUUUAGAAAACCUAGUAAGGCAUAGAGAGGGAGUGUGUGUGUGUGUGUGUGUGUGAGUUUUUUUUUUUCUGUGUCUGUGAGCGUCUGGGGGGUUUUGUUAGACAGAAAAUGGAGAAUGGGGUAGACAGAGAAAGUGGGUCGAUGAUAUUUAGCGAAGACGAGUUGAGGGAGGUAAGUGGAUUGAAGAAAGGAGGAGAUUUUAUAGAAGUGACAUGUGGGUGUACCAGCCAUAGAUAUGGUGAUGCUGUUGGCAAGCUUAGGGUUUUCUCCAAUGGUGACCUUGAAAUCACUUGUGAAUGCACCCCUGGUUGCAAUGAAGACAAGUUGACUCCCGCUGCGUUUGAGAAGCAUUCUGGAAGAGAGACAGCUAGAAAGUGGAAAAAUAAUGUUUGGGUGAUGGUUAAUGGGGAGAAGGUUUCAUUAUCAAAGACUGCAUUGCUGAAAUACUACAACCAAGCAUCUAAAAAUGCCAAUGGUACUCACAGAUCCCAUAAUGGAAGAGUUUGCCAUCGUGAUGAGUUUGUUUGCUGUAGCAGCUGUAACAAGGAGAGAAGAUUUCGAUUGCGGACAAAAGAGGAAUGUCGGAUUCACCAUGAUGCUUUAGCAGAUGUAAACUGGAAAUGUUCUGAUCUUCCUUAUGACAGAAUAACAUGUGAUGAUGAUGAAGAGCGAGCAAGUCGUAGGGUGUACAGGGGCUGCACCCGUUCUCCAACAUGCAAGGGUUGUACUUCCUGUGUGUGCUUUGGGUGUGAAAUAUGUCGGUUCUCUGACUGCAGUUGCCAAACUUGCAUCGACUUCACUAGAAACGCCAAAGCUUGACUCUCUUCAGUGCUUUCCUUUUAGGGUUGGUUCUUUAUUUGUUGCUUUAGUUGAGCCCAUCCCCACGGAAGAAGCCUUCAAAGACAUUAUCUUUCAUGUUACUCUUUAAAUUUUCAGUCCCUGAGUUCAUCAUAAAUGGAGCUCAUUGACUGGUUUAAAAACUUCAAAUUAAUUAAAUUUGAUCUCCACGUUGAUGUUUGGGUCCUUAUAACUAUUUAAAU